UCUCUCUGUUGAGGAUUCCGUCGGUCUUGCAGAUAACGAUACGCUUCGGUGCGUUACAACGCAUUCAACAAUGGCUUCCAUGGUAAACAAGCUCGUAGGUUUCUUUGAAGAUAAGGCCAAAGAGGGCGAUGCAGCAGCUUCCUCUAGAAAACCAAUUGAGGCGUAUGGGCUCCGCAGGGAUGGUCCGGGUCCGGCCCCCAAAAGGGACACGGCAUUCAUGGAGCCAUACACUGGUAAUGUCCCCGAAAACGCAGAGUACAUUAAUUAUCGAAUCAUGCUUAGAGACAACGUGCUUUGCCAGUAUCUAGCAUCUCCCCAGCUACGUUCGUAUGUUACUAUGUACGUCGAGUUACUUAUGGGCGGACACAGACCCUUUGACCGAUAUACGAAGAUGCUUUAUCGCGACAUGAUGGUAGACAACUACCUCGAUGCCGGCGGAGACCUUAAGACCUGGAAAUACAUAGGCGCUAAUCAUAUUAUCAACGAUACCACAAGGACGUUGAUACAGCGUGUAAUGCAAGAGCGUGGCUUAAAUAUUGAGCAACCCUGCAGUAUUGACAUCCUCCCUAGUGACAAGGAAUUUGCCGAAGUUAUGGACGGUAACCCGUUCACUCGAGGGAUUCAGGGCCUUCUGCGCAAAUAUGAGAAAGAUAUGGGGGGAGCACAGGUGAAAAGAAUAGCUUUCAUCAUACAGAAGCAGAAGGCGUUUGUCAUGAUCCCGAUGACUCUCCACCAUCUCGUGGUUGAGUUAUGUCGUCCAGGGGAAGAUGGCUACCCUAAUGAAACGAGCUCUUGAGAAUGACGCAAAGUGAGGAACGACUUAAUGAUACUUAUCCCGGUAGGUUAAUAAUGUAAUAAUCUUACCCCUAAAAAUCAUAUAACAAGGCAAGUCAAUAGUAGCCUAGACAUGAUGAUAUUCCUG